AUGCAAAAACCUGACAUACGAUACAUCAAAUCUGCCUACGGUCGGGAUAGUUAUCAUCUUCACAGAAGAAAUGUGGUCUGCAUUGUUCAGAGCAGUUUUCAGUAUCCUAGAUGCUGGCCCCGAAGAGCUGAUCACUGAGAUUGUCCUUGUAGACGACGCUUCUCAGAAAGACACUCUUGGACUGCCUCUAGAUAACUACAUUAGGAUCUUCGGUGGAAAGGUCAAAUUAGUUCGCCUGCCAGAGAGAAAAGGUCUGAUGGUGGCACGAAACACCGGCUUUCAACACGUGACUGGAGAGGUUGUAGUUUUUCUGGAUGGUCACUGUGAAGUAUCAAAAGGCUGGUUAGAGCCGUUACUGCAGAGAAUAAAGGAGGAUGAUUCUGUUGUAGCUAUUCCGCAAUCUGAUGUUCUCAAAUGGGACACUUUUGAG